AAUUUUAAAUUUUAAAUUUAAAAUGAUUUCUAACCGUACGAUGUACGAUAAACGGACACCAUUGAUUGAUCCUCCGGAUCCCCACAAAGAGGAUCCGGAGAGGAUCCUUGUCCAAAAUUGACUAUUCUACAAUUUCUUUGUUCAUUAGUUAGGUUGGGCAAAGUUCAUUGUAAGCUGCUGGUUUUCGGGCAAUUUCAGAUGUGAGCUUAUUAUUAGUUACUGAACGAGAAUACAGAUUUUUUUUUAAAUUUUUUUUUUUUGGAAAACCUCGGCGGGACGAGGUAAAUUUAUUGAUAGGAAAAAAGAAGUUACACCUAGUUAGGAAAAACAUAAACCUUACCCCUCAUUGAAUAAGAAAAACGAAAUACAAAGAGGGUGGAGGACAUACACUUUACCCCUUUUGAAAAAGAAAAUACAGGAUAAAAAAGGGACAUAGAAUUUUAUAAUCUCGGCUAUUCAAGCAAAAUUAAUUUCAAACUAUCUAAGAAGAAUGAGCUUACGAAGAUAAAUAGCACCGGAAAACACUUGUUUAAUGUAGAUCGUUGAUGUUGUAUUCGUCAGAUGCAUCUCGCUAAUUCACUGAAAAAACAUCUUCUUAACGUUCUGAUCCAAUGCUAUUGCACAUUUAGUCAAAUUGACUCUAUGAUAUUAAUAACUGAUUUACUGGUCAUAUAAGCAAGAUUUUUAUAGGAUUAUCACAUCUAGAAGUAGCCGAAGACUAAUUCAAAGUUCUUUCUGCUGGUGAUUAUUUUUUUGCUGCUCAAUCUCCUCCAAGGAUUAUCAUCAUUAAUCAAUUAAUGGCCACAUCAUCAAUACCUAGUGUAACAUUAAAGGUAAACCCCAACCGGGGAGGGGACUUCGCCGCCUGGAAAGUCAAUUCGUUGGCAUUGGUACAAUUUAUUUCACAACAGACACAGUUUUUUUCUUCUGAAUUUUAGAACCGAAAGUGCUUUUAGUGCUAUGAAUUCCUCCAUGUUCUUCCUAUUGUUCUUAAGCUUGCUUUUGACACAGCAUUAUUGUGCUGAGGUAUAUAACAUAACUUCUUUGCAACCAUUAGCGCAGGGACAAACUCUUUUCUCCCCCAGCCACAUUUUCGAAUUGGGUUUCUUCAGCCCCAACAAUUCCGAAAAUAAGUAUGUGGGAAUAUGGCACAAGAAUAUGUUUCCUCGCAAAGUUGUGUGGGUUGCCAACAGAGAAAAGCCGCUUGCAGUUGCAGACGCCUUGGCUAGUUUAGCGAUUAACAAUGGGAAACUUGAGCUUGUAGAUGGGAAACAGAAAUCUAUAUGGUCAAUCAAUAUUCCGGAGUCAUCGUAUAGCUCAGCUGCAGUUCUUUUAGACACUGGAAACCUCGUUGUUGCGGAUGAUAGAGGAGCUCAAUUAUGGAAGAGCUUUGAUUAUCCUGGUGACACAUUUCUUCCUGGAAUGUUGAUGGGAUUUGAUAGUCAAUCUGGAAAGCAGAAUGUCUUGACUGCCUGGAAAAAUUUGAACGAUUCAUCAAGAGGGUUAUUCUUGGUUGAAUUGGCACCACAGAUCCCAGCUCAGAUAUUCGUUCGGAUUAACGGAUCAACUCCCUGCUGGAGAAGCGGUCCAUGGGAUAAAUCAAAGUUCAUAGGCAUACCCGAAAUGGAUGAUCAAUAUCUUAGUGGUCAUAUGGUGCUUGAUUAUGAGCAACAGGGAGCAGCGUCCUUUUUCUGCAGUAGUGCAUAUAACAAAAGUUUGGUAUAUAUGGAUAUCUCUUCAAACGGUAGACUGAAGACUAUGGUAUCGGAACAUGGUGAGAACUGGCGUAUUAACUGGGAGGCCCAAAGGACUCCAUGCGACUAUUAUGGAACAUGUGGACCUUUUGGGGUUUGCAAAGUUACUGAUUCUCUAACAACUCCAAUCUGCAAGUGUUUGAAAGGGUUCGUACCCAAGUCACUUGAGGAAUGGAGUAAGGGAAACACGACAGGAGGGUGCGUGAGGAAAGCCAAAUUGUUUUGUGAGAGUAACACAAGUCAGCCAGUUGCUUCAGGAGGAAAAGAAGACGGGUUUCUAAAAAUAGAAAGCGUAAACCCACCAGAUUUUCAUGAGUAUAUUUUGAAUAUGGAUUUUCAAGGCUGCAGGACUCAGUGCCAAAAUAAUUGUUCUUGCCUGGCUUAUGCAUUUGUUACCAAUAUAGGUUGUUUAAUCUGGUCCCAGGACCUUUUAGAUAUUCAGCAGUUUUCCACUGGCGGAGUGGAUCUCUUUAUUCGCCUAGCUGAUGCCGAAUUUGGCGAAGGAAAGCGAACAAAGUUAAUUGUCAGCCUUACAUCUAUAUGUUUUAUCAGUAUUGCUGCAGUAGUGUUCGGUUUGCACAGGUUACGCGCUAAACAAAAGGGAAACAUCAAAGUAACAACAAUGCGCAGUGAAUUGAAUGACAUGACUAAGAAUUCAAGGGACACUAUCGAAGAACUUAUAAGAAAACAUGAUCCAUCAGAGCUUAUAAUCUAUGAUCUUGAUAGCAUAUUAAUUGCUACGAGCAAUUUCAGCAUCAACAACAAACUUGGGGGAGGAGGAUUUGGCCCCGUUUACAAGGGAAAGCUACAAGAAGGGAAGGAAAUAGCAGUAAAAAGACUGUCUAGUAGCUCGGGGCAAGGCAUAGAAGAGUUCAAGAAUGAAGUGAUGUUGAUCUCUAAACUCCAACAUAAAAAUCUUGUUAGGAUCAUGGGUUGCUGCAUUAAAGAUGACGAGAAGUUAUUGAUCUAUGAGUUCAUGCCAAACAGAAGCUUGGAUACUCUUCUAUUCGAUCCAAUGAGAAGAGGAGUGCUUGAUUGGGCUAAACGCUUCAAUAUUAUUCAAGGUGUCGCUAGAGGACUUCUUUAUCUCCAUCAUGAUUCCUGUUUGAAGGUAAUACAUAGAGAUUUGAAGGUCAGUAAUAUUCUCUUGGAUGAGAAUAUGAACCCGAAAAUUUCAGAUUUUGGACUGGCACGCAUUGUUCAAGGGACGCAUAAUUUAGAAAACACUCAGAAGGUGGUGGGAACUCUUGGCUAUAUGUCUCCGGAGUAUGCCAUGAGAGGGAUAUUUUCUGAAAAAUCCGAUGUCUAUAGCUUUGGGGUCUUGCUAUUGGAGAUUAUUGCCGGCAGAAAGAAUACCAGCUCCUUUUACAAGGAACAAGAGCUAGGUAUCCUAGCUUAUGCAUGGAACUUAUGGAAUGAAGGCAAGGGAUUGGACUUUGUAGAUGAAGUAUUGGCAGAUUCAUAUUCGGCAUCAGAAGUGAUGAGAUGCAUGCAUAUCGGGCUUCUUUGCGUGCAAAACAAUGCUGCAGAUAGGCCAACAAUUGCAGAUGUGGUUUUCAUGCUAAGGAGCGAGACAGAUUGUGCGCAGCCUAAGCAGCCUACAUUCACCUUCCAAAACUCUCUAUCUGAUCUUCAACCACACCAUAACCAUGUUUGGUCUGCAAAUGAAGCCACCAUAUCACUUCUCGAAGGACGAUAGUAAAAGAAUACGUGUUAAAAGAGAACAUCCCCAGCUCAUUGAAGUCCCUACUCAAAUUUACAAGUCAAAAGUCAGAGCGCUGCACUAUCUAGAAUAUCUAAAUAAAUCUCUUAAGAUUGUUGUCAUGGAAUGUUAGUGAAAAAUCUAGAAACAAACCACACGUGGUUGGGCAAAGGAAU